UUGCUUUCAGACCGUUGGCAUCGAGUCACCUAUCAUUCCGGUGGUGCUCUUUGUCUUGCAAGCACGCCUUUCUCGUUGGAACAUCGUGGAGCUUUUGCCGUUACUGGCAGCAAAACAUAUGUGAGGAUCAAGGCGCUGCACUACACCGAAGAUAAUUUGGUAGGACUACAUGAUCUCGGACAAUCCCGCGUAACUGAUGAAAAUGGUAAAGAUGUUGAGGUGUUAAAUGUAAGUCUUGAUCCAACUAUGGAAUGCCGUCCACUUCCAUGUAAACUUCGCUAUUCUAUGGAAGUGGCCAUAUCAUCAAUGGCCCGAGUAGAAGGCAGAUCUUGUUACCUCAUACUAGGUUACAAAGAUAGUAGAAUACAAAUCUUUGAAGAGAGAGGAAAGGGAACAGGAAAGUUGGACUCUGUUGGAUGGAUAGAAGAUUGUCAUCCAAGCAGCGAGAUACGGCCUGUUACUGGUUUGUUGUACUCAAUACUUUUUGUAAAACUUCCUUAG